AUGGCCAGCACACAAUCCAAUCUUUACAGCUUCGAGAAUGCUGAUGCUCUGGCUCAGAAAUUAAGGCCCUAUGUUCUCCAGGCUCAGACCGCGGCUCUAACCCGCCACAAUACCUUCCGCCUGGCUGUAUCCGGCGGUUCCUUGCCCACCGUGCUGGCCCGCGCACUACUUGCUACCAGCAACGGUACUCCAGAAGACACUCCUGAAUUUGAUAAGUGGGAUAUCUUCUUCGCCGACGAGCGCGCUGUGCCUCUUGAUCAUCCCGAUAGCAACUACUCCCUGUUGAAGCAGGAGCUUUUGAGCAAAAUCCCGGCGGAGCUUGGAGUUCCGACCGUGCAUCCUAUUGAUCAAAAGUACGCCAACCAAGAUGCGGAUCCCCAAGAACUUGCCGACUUGUACCAGGAGGAUCUUAUGCGCACCUUUGCCAGUAAGGAUAGCGUCAAGCUGCCUAUCUUCGACCUGAUCCUGUUGGGCUGUGGUCCUGACGGCCACACUUGCAGUCUGUUCCCUGGCCACGAUCUAUUACGCGAGAAGGACGCUUGGGUCGCAGCCAUCUCCGACUCGCCUAAGCCCCCGCCCAAGCGCAUCACUCUCACUCUGCCUGUUGUCACUUCUGCUAUCCAGAUUGCGUUCAUUGCCACCGGCAGCGGCAAGAAAGACAUUAUGAAAGCUAUUUUUGAUUCCGAAGAGGGACAUAGUCUCCCAUCAACUUUGAUCAACCGAGGCGCUGGUGAAAAAGUGAGCUGGUUCACUGAUUUCCCCGCUAUUGAAGGUGUCUCCUACCGCCGUAGCACCCUAUAA